UAUCAGUAAAUGACCGAUUAGUCGAUUACAGCCGACCGAAUUGACAAUCCAAAUGUGACCCACUCAGUUCGAUAAGACCCAUUCGAUAGGCAAUGUCUCGUAUAGCUGCAAAAUGUCCCUCCUACUUUUACUAACGCUUCUUCUUCCGCUCGUCUCCGCGCAACGCCAAGACCUCUGUACGGCUCAACUGAACGAACUUUUCACCGCCAGAGAACCAUGGGCAAUUGCAGUCCUGGACAGCUGGGGCCGCUGGCCGUCCGGCCAGUUCUCCGGCAACCAGUACGACCUGGGAGCGUACGAUCAGUGCCGCCGGCAGUCGAUCUUCAGCGAUUCCGUGGGCCCGGUCGAGGGACGGUACUGCCUGGUGGUCGUGCCGAGGCAGCUCAACUCCACCGCCGGGCGCUUCUUCGUGGACAUGCAAGGAAUUGACGGCGUUGCCGUCGGCAUGUGCUUCCCGAAGGUGUGCAGCGAGCGACAGCUGCGCGAACCCGCGCUGCAGAUCGUCAACUCCAGCUUUGGCGUUGCAGCGGAUCACGUGCAGGUUCAGUGUGAGGGUGAUCUGCCUCGACCGGGAGCUGCCAGACGAACUGCGAUCAUGGUGUUCACGCUGAUCGCUACGUUGACGGUCUUCAGCACAAUCUACGAUCUUGCGUCCAGGUACUUCAAGCCGAAGCCGGUCGAGCUGUGGACCACGUUCUCGUUACGAAGAAAUUGGCACCAACUGAUCCAGGUGCGCCCCUCAACCGGAAGCUCCGAACUGAUCGAGUGCAUCCACGGCAUUCGAGUGCUGGCCAUCGGGUGGAUCAUCUUGGGACACAGCUACAUGAUGAUCCUGUCGGCACCGGUCAUCAAUCCAUUCGAUACGUUUGACUGGAGAUCAUCGUUUCACAGCGCGCUCAUCACCACCGGACCCAACUCCGUCGAUACGUUCUUCGUGCUCAGCGGACUGCUGACCUGCUGGGGUCUUCUGAAGGAGCUCGAUCGCAACAAAAAACUGAACGUCCCACUGCUCUAUCUGCACCGCUACUUGCGGUUGACUCCGGUGUUCGCCGCCCUCAUCCUGUUUACCGUUGGAUUCUACCAGCGCAUUGGCGAUGGACCGCUCUGGCCGGUACAGCAACAGUUUACGACAGGGAAUUGCGAACAGUACUGGUGGUCUGCUCUCCUCUACGUUCAAAACUACGUCAACCCGAACCAGCUCUGCAUCGGUCACUCGUGGUACCUCUCCGUGGACAUGCAGCUGUUCCUGCUCUCACCACUGAUCAUCUAUCCGCUGUGGCGUUGGGGUCCACGAGUCCUGAUCGCUGUCGGUGCCCUAAUCCUGGCUUCCAUGGGAUGCCUACUGAGCGUCUUCCUGGUCAACGACCUACGAGCUAGUGUAGCGGAGGCCAGCCUGCUUCGGGAACGUCUAGCCUACCUUCCAACUCACACCCGGAUGGGAGCGUGGUUCGUCGGACUGAUCCUGGGUUACGUCCUACAUCGGAUCAAACGACGAACCAUUCUAAUCCCCACAAUCUACGUGACCCUCGGCUGGGUGACCUCGCUCGCGAUCAUGAUCGCCUGCCUAGUCGGUGCCUACGGAACAAACCAUCCAAACUCCCACCAAAACGGCUUCCUCGUUGAUGCCCUGUACGAAACGGGCCGUCACGUCCUGUGGGCUUGCAGCGUGGCCUGGAUCAUCUUCGCGUGCACAACCGGGUACGGCGGGCCGGUCAACACCCUGCUAUCCGCGACCUUCUGGCAACCUUUCGGAAAGCUGUCGUACUGUCUGUACCUGCUGCAUCUUCCGAUGCAGGUGUUGUUGACGGGUACGCAACGAACCGUACGGCACUUCAGUGACCUGGAAGCGAUUCACGCGUUCGGAGGUGACGCUUCGUUGACGGUACUCGCUUCCGUUGGGUGGACGCUGAUUUUUGAGUUGCCGUUUGCGAAUUUGGACGGAAGUUUGUGCAAGAUGGUGCGAAAGAAGCCUGCACCGAGGACUAACGAAGAGUUUACAACUUCACCGCGGCAAAAUAUGUCUCCUCUAGUCUUGCUAACGCUUCUUCUUCCGCUCGUCCUGGCGCAACGCCAAGAUCUCUGUACAGCUCAGCUGGAGGAGAUAGUCGCCGCAUCAAGCGCUGGAGAACCAUGGGCACUUGCAGUUCUGGACAGUUGGGGCCGUUGGCCGUCGGGUCAGUUCUCGGGGAACCAGUUCGACCUGGGAGCGUACGAUCAGUGCCGCCGGCAGUCGAUCUUCAGCGAUUCAGUGGGUAGGAUCGAGGGACGGUACUGCCUGGUGGUCGUGCCGAGAAACUCUUCCGAAAACUUCGUGGACGUAAGAGGAAUUGGCGGCGUUGCCGUGGGCAUGUGCUUUCCGAAGGUGUGCAGCGAGGAACAGCUGGGUGAACCGGUGUUGGCGAUCGUCAAUUCAAGCUUCAAUAUCGCGGCGGAUUACGUGGGCAUCAAGUGCGAGCAAGAUCCGGAUCGACCAGGAGCUGCCAGAACGACUGCGAUAACGGUAUUCGCGAUGAUCGGUUCGCUGGUGAUCUUCAGCACAGUCUACGACAUUGCCUCAAGGUACUUCACAGAGAAACGUGAUGUGUUGUGGAGUACUUUCUCCUUGCGGAGAAACUGGCUUCAGCUAACCAGGGUACGCUCAUCCACUGGAAGCUCGGAAAGUAUCGAAUGCAUCCACGGCAUCCGAGUGCUGGCCAUCGGUUGGAUCAUGCUGUGGCACAGCUAUUCGUUGACCUUCCUUGCACCGCUGAUCAAUCCGAACACCUUGUCUGACUGGAGAUCAUCGUUCCACAGCGCACUGAUUACAAUUGGACCAAUCUCCGUGGACACGUUCUUCAUGCUCAGCGGACUGCUAACUUGCUGGAGUCUGCUGAAAGAACUAGACCGCAACGGUAAGCUGAACGUUCCGCUGCUUUAUCUGCACCGCUACUUGCGGUUGACUCCGGUGUUCGCCGCACUCAUCCUGUUCACCGUUGGAUUCUACCAGCGCAUUGGCGAUGGACCACUCUGGUCCGAGGCGUACCAAUUCACUUCCGGCAACUGCAAGCAAUACUGGUGGUCUGCUCUCCUCUACGUUCAAAACUACGUCAACCCGCAUCAGGUCUGCCUCGGUCACUCGUGGUAUCUCUCCGUUGACAUGCAACUGUUCCUGCUGUCACCGCUGAUCGUCUACCCGCUGUGGCGUUGGGGUCCACGAGUCCUAAUCGCUGUCGGCGUCCUGAUCCUGGCUUCCAUGGGAUGUCUGCUGAGCGUCUACCUAAUCAACGAUCUGCGGGCUAGUGUACUGGACGCAGGAUUGCUCCAGGAACGUAUAGCCUACCUUCCAACUCACACCCGGAUGGGAGCGUGGUUUGUCGGAAUGAUCCUGGGUUGCGUCCUUCAUCGGAUCAAACGACGUACCAUUGCGAUACCCAAGGUCUACGUGACCCUCGGCUGGUUGACCUCCCUCGGAAUCUUGAUCGCCUGUAUCGUCUGCGCAUACGAAACGAAUCAGCCGCACCCCCCUCCGAGCGCCACCUUGGUGGACACCUUGUACGGAACGACCCGUCACGUCCUCUGGGCUUGCAGCGUAGCCUGGAUCAUCUUCGCGUGCAGAACCGGGUACGGCGGCCCGAUCAACACCCUGCUAUCCGCGACCUUCUGGCAACCUUUGGUAAAGCUGUCGUACUGUCUGUACCUGCUGCAUCUACCGCUGCAGAUCUUCCUGACCGGUCGGCAACGUACCGUGCGUCACUUCAGCGACCUGGAAGCGAUUCACUCCUUUUGGGGUGAAGUAGCGUUGGCGGUGCUGCUUUCGAUUGGAUGGACACUGCUGUUUGAGCUGCCGUUUCUGAAUCUGGACGAAUGGCUGCGGAAACUGGUGCGAGCCAAGACUAACGAGAACGUAGUGGGCGAAGAACGACGGUGACUUUGAACAUAGACU